AUGUUGUUAGUGUCAGGUUCAUCUUCCAUUCUUCACUUUCUUCCCGGUUCCGAUCCUCCUUACAAGUUUCUCGAAGAACACCCUUAUCUUAAACUCCUCGCAAAAUGCAAAAACAUCAACACCUUCAAACAAAUUCACUCACUUGUCAUCAAAACCGGUCUCAACAACACUGUUUUCGUUCAAACCAAACUCAUCCAAUUCUGUGCCAUUUCACCUUCCUGCGACCUCUCCUACGCUCUCUCCCUCUUCGUAGAAAACGAACCACAGCAUAAAUACAACCACUUCGUUUGGAACUCUCUCAUUCGCGGUCAUUCUUUGAGCCCUUCUCCCAUUUCCUCUUUACACCUUUUUACUCGCAUGAUUAACUAUGGCCUUCAACCAAAUUCUCAUACUUUCCCUUUCCUAUUCAAAUCUUGUGCAAAAGCAAAGGCUGCACAUGAAGGUAGACAGCUUCAUGGUCAUGCUUUGAAGCUGUCCCUUGAUUUUCAUCUGCAUGUUCAUACUUCGCUCAUUCAUAUGUACGCUUCUGUUGGUGAAUUGGACCUUGCAAGGUUGGUGUUUGAUAAAAGUUCUCUGAGAGAUGCGGUUUCUUUUACAGCUCUUUUUACCGGGUAUGUCUCUCAGGGUUAUGUGGAUGAUGGUAGAAGACUUUUUGAUGAAAUUCCCACUAAAGAUGUGGUGUCUUGGAAUGCUAUGAUUGCUGGGUACGUUCAAAGUGGUCGUUUUGAAGAAGCUAUUGUUUGUUUUUAUGAGAUGCAGGAGGCAAAUAUCUCACCCAAUAAGACUACAAUGGUGAGUCUUCUCUCUGCUUGUGGUCACACUGGGUCGCGUGAAUUGGGUAAUUGGAUAGGUUCUUGGGUUAGAGAUAAUGGGUUUGGUUUGAAUCUUCAGUUGAUCAAUGCACUCAUUGAUAUGUAUUCUAGGUGCGGUGAAAUUGAUACUGCUCGUGAGUUGUUUGAUGGGAUAGAGGAAAAAGAUGUGAUUUCGUGGAAUACUAUGAUUGGUGGUUAUACUUACUUGAGUUUGUAUGAAGAAGCGCUAGCAUUGUUUGACGUCAUGCUUAGAUCGAAUGUAAACCCUAAUGAUGUGACCUUCUUGGGCAUUCUUCGUGCCUGUGCUUGCCUUGGUGCUCUUGACCUUGGUAAAUGGGUUCAUGCAUACAUAGAUAAGAACCUGAAGAGCAGUAGCAAUACUUCUCUUUGGACAAGUCUCAUUGACAUGUAUGCAAAAUGUGGUUGCAUUGAGGCUGCAGAAUGGGUUUUUAGAAGUAUGCAUUGUAGAAAUUUGGCUUCUUGGAAUGCCAUGUUGUCAGGAUUCGCCAUGCAUGGACUUGCAGAGAGGGCUCUUGCACUUUUCUCAGAAAUGAUCAACAAAGGAUUAUUUCAGCCCGAUGACAUCACGUUUGUUGGGGUGUUAUCUGCUUGUACACAAGCUGGUUUGGUUGAUCUUGGACACCACUAUUUUAGAUUGAUGAUGCAUGACUAUGGGAUUUCUCCGAAAUUGCAACACUAUGGUUGCAUGAUUGAUCUCUUAGCUAGAGCUGGAAAGUUUGAAGAAGCGGAGAUGCUUAUGAAAAACAUGGAAAUGGAGCCUGAUGGAGCAAUUUGGGGUUGUCUUCUUAGUGCUUGUAAGGCUCAUGGACGUGUUGAGUUGGGUGAAUACGUUGCAGAACGUCUCUUUCAAUUAGAGCCAGAAAAUGCAGGGGCAUUUGUGCUUUUGUCAAAUAUAUAUGCAGGAGCUGGUAAAUGGGAUGAUGUAGCAAGGAUAAGAACAAGGUUAAAUGACAAAGGAAUGAAGAAAGUUCCUGGUUGCACCUCUAUAGAGAUUGAUGGAAUUGUUCAUGAGUUCCUUGUUGGUGAUAAGUUCCACCCCGAAUGCAAAAAUAUUUAUCGAAUGUUGGAUGAGGUAGAUAAGCUUUUGGAGGAAAAUGGGUUUGUGCCUGAUACUUCUGAGGUACUCUAUGAUAUGGAUGAAGAGUGGAAAGAAGGAGCUUUGAGUCAUCACAGUGAGAGAUUAGCUAUUGCUUUUGGUUUGAUUAGCACAAAGCCUGGAACUCCGAUUAGGAUCGUGAAGAAUCUUCGAGUUUGUGGAAACUGUCAUUCAGCUACCAAGCUAAUAUCUAUGAUUUUCAAUAGGGAAAUAAUUGCAAGAGAUAGAAACCGUUUUCAUCAUUUUAAAGAUGGAUUUUGUUCAUGCAAUGAUUGCUGGUGA